AUGAGGGAGAAGCCCUAUGUCUGUAUAAAGGAGUGUGGGUGGGGCUUUAGCCAGAAAUCAACCCUCCUCAGACACCAGAGGACACACACAGGGGAGAAGCCCUAUGUCUGCAGGGAGUGUGGUCGGGGCUUUAGCUUUAAGUCAACCCACCUCAGACACCAGAGGACACACACGGGGGAGAAGCCCUGUCCCUAUGUCUGCAGGGAGUGUUGGCGGGGCUUUAACUAGAAGUCAACCCUCCUUAGACACCAGAGGACACACACAGGGGAGAAGCCCUAUGUCUGCAGGGAGUGUGGGUGGGUCUUUAGCCAGAAGUCAACCCUCCUCAAUCACCAGAGGACACACACAGGGGAGAAGCCCUAUGUCUGCAGGGAAUGUGGGCGAGGCUUUAGCCAGAAAUCAAACCUCCUCAGUCACCAGAGGACACACACAGGGGAGAAGCCCUAUGUCUGCAGGGAGUGUGGUCGGGGCUUUAGCUUUAAGUCAACCCACCUCAGACACCAGAGGACACACACGGGGGAGAAGCCCUAUGUCUGUAGAAAGGAGAAGCCCUAUGUCUGCACGGAGUGUGGGCGUGGAUUUAGCCAGAAGUCAACCCUCCUUGGAUAACAGAGGACACACACAGGGGAGAAGCCCUAUGUCUGCAGGGAGUGUGUGCAGGGCUUUAGCUCUAAGUCACACCUCCUCAGUCACCAGAGAACCCACACAGGGGAGAAUCCCUAUGUCUGCAGGGAGUGUGGGUGGGUCUUUAGCCAGAAGUCAACCCUCCUCAAUCACCAGAGGACACACACAGGGGAGAAGCCCUAUGUCUGCAGGGAAUGUGGGCGAGGCUUUAGCCAGAAAUCAAACCUCCUCAGUCACCAGAGAACACACAUGGGGGAAAAGCCCUAUGUCUGCAGGGAGUGUGUUCGGGGCUUUAGCCAGAAGUCAACGCUCCUUAGACACCAGAGGACACACACAGGGAAGAAGCCCUAUGUCUGCAGGGAGUGUGGUCGGGGCUUUAGCUUUAAGUCAACCCACCUCAGACACCAGAGGACACACAUGGGGGAGAAGCCCUAUCUCUAUGUCUGCAGGGAGUGUGGGCGGGGCUUUAGCCAUAAGUCAACCCUCCUCAGUCACCAGAGGACACACACAGGGGAGAAGCCCUGUGACUGCAGGGAAUGUGGGUGGGGUUUUAGCCAGAAGUCAACUCUCCUCAGUCACCAGAGGACACACACAGGAGAGAAGCCCUAUGUCUGCAGGGAGGAUAAGUCAUUA